AGAAACUUUAGCUUUGAGAAAGGCUAAGAAGGAAAGAAAAGGACAGUGUGAGGGCCCCCAGCGUGAAGGACUGAGGCUUGCUUGUAGGUGCACAGGCCACAGCUGGGUACAUCCAGACCCCAAGGGAAGAGCCUUCUUCAGUGAGCCUCCACAGGAUGCUGAGAAAGGCCUGGCUCUGCAUGUUCGUGGUGGCCUUCGUCAGCCACCCGGCGUGGCUGCAGAAGCCCCCUAAGCGCAAGACACCCACCCAGCUCAAAGCGGCUGUGUGCUGUGAGGAGAUGACGGAGCUCAAAGCCCAGGUGGCCAACCUAAGCAGCCUGCUGGCUGAACUGGGCAAGAAGCAGGAGAGUGACUGGGUCAGUGUGGUCAUGCAGGUGAUGGAGCUGGAGAGCAGCAGCAAGCGCAUGGAGUCGCGGCUCACGGAUGCCGAGAGCAAGUACUCCGAGAUGAACAACCAGCUCGACAUCAUGCAGCUACAGGCGGCCCAGACGGUGACACAGACCUCGGCAGAUGCCAUCUACGACUGUUCUUCCCUCUAUCAGAAGAACUACCGCAUCUCUGGAGUAUACAAGCUUCCUCCUGACGAAUUCUUGGGUAGCCCUGAGCUGGAGGUGUUCUGCGAUAUGGAGACUUCAGGUGGAGGCUGGACCAUCAUCCAAAGGCGCAAAAGUGGCCUUGUUUCCUUCUACCAAGACUGGAGACAGUAUAAGCAGGGCUUUGGCAGCAUUCGUGGGGACUUCUGGCUGGGAAACGAACACAUCCAUCGGCUCACCAGACAGCCAACACGGCUCCGUGUGGAGCUUGAGGACUGGGAGGGCAAUGCACGCUAUGCAGAGUACAGCCACUUUGCUGUGAGCAAUGAACUGAACAGCUAUCGCCUCUUCCUGGGGAACUACAGUGGCAAUGUAGGGAAAGAUGCCCUCCUCUACCAUAACAACACAGUCUUCAGCACCAAGGACAAGGACAACGAUAACUGUUUGGACAAGUGUGCACAGCUCCGCAAAGGUGGAUAUUGGUACAACUGCUGCACAGAUUCCAACCUCAACGGAGUGUACUACCGCCUAGGGGAACACAGGAAGCACAUGGAUGGCAUCACCUGGUAUGGCUGGCAUGGAGCCAACUACUCCCUCAAGCGGGUGGAAAUGAAGAUCCGCCCUGAAGCCUUUCAGCCCUGAAAGGAGGCUGCUGCAGAGCAGGACUGUGGAAGGGAGGCAAAUGGAGGCUGGGGAGGGCAGGAAGAGGGUAUAGAAAGGGGAGGAUGGGGAACGGUCUAUCAUCUCUAAUGGAGGAGUCAUUCUCUGCAAAGCAUGACAGGACCUCAGAAUUUGUGUUGAAGUGAGCACAGUAGAAUUAUAUGUACCAAGGCUGUUAUAGCAAAAGGGUGAAGCAGUUAAAUCCAGUGGUCCUGCCAGACUUCUCGGGGGUCGAGACUGAGUAGACGCUCUGCCCCUGAUCCCUGAAGAUCCCCAGUCUCCUCUUUUCCAUAAGUGGAAAACAGUAAUUGUGAGGUGACUUAUCCAUUUUCUCUAAGGCUUAUGCUGAUGGCAAAAAGCAAAUCUCCUUACUAAAAAUAACUAUGAUUUUGAUUCUUACAGGAGAGGCCUGGAGAAUUAGAAAAGAACUUUGUAGGAUAAUGGAGAAGGAGAACUUUUUUCUGUUUUUGAAUCCAAUUACCUCAGUCUAUAAGAUUUUUAAAAACACAAAAAGUUGUUAAGCUGAAGAUUAACUGCUCCAGGCUGGGCUAAUCUGUAGAUACUCCAGUGUCCUGGGCCUUGCAGUCAGCGUCUUGGCACCUCCUCUGCCCACCUGGGUCUGACACAGUAGGGAGCACCAGUGGGGGUUUCUCAGAAAUUACACAAAACUACCUUAAAACAUUCCCACCUAACACAGACAUAUCCAUUUUUACUCACAUUAUCAAAAUGGGCUCAAAGAAAUUUGGUUUUUAUCUAGUCUAUAAGAAAUGGCUGGAAAAUGAAUGUAGAUGGAGCUAUGGUUAAAAAUUUAUG